AUGCCUUCCACCCCAGAAGCUGGAGUUCGGAUCACUCUUUACCAGGCUCUUUCCGACACCCACGACAUUUUGAGGGCUAAGGAUGAGAUCAUCGCCCAGCUGAAUGCAGACAAGGAAGACCUUCAAGCUCGUCUUACGAAACGGGACAAUGACGCCGAUGUUCUAAAGAAUGUUAUCAAUGAUCAAGCCAUCAAUAUCCGCGACCUCAACUCUAAGAUCGGUCGGCAAGGGAAACAAAUCCAAGAUCUCAAGUAUGAGCGACAUGUCUCCCACAUCACCAUUGGUGUCAUGCGUAUGAGAUUGGCGAGUUGA